AGAGAGAGAGAGAAAGAGAGGGAGGGGAAGGAGCAGGGAGGGAAGGGAGAGCAGAGGAGCGUAGAGAGGGGAUCUGCAUUGUAAGUAGCUCUGAGAGCAGCAAGUGGUGGUGGCUGUUUUUCAGCCUGUUAUUGUUUUCCAGAGGAUUGCGGAGAGCACAAAGAAGAAGGAGAAGGCGCAGGCAGAGGAGCGCUGAUGUGAAAUGAGUGAGCUGCGUUGGAAAUAAAGAGAAGAAGAAGCUGAAGGAGGAGAAGGGAGGAAAGAAGCCGGGAGGAACACAAGGCAGCAAUGGAUAGCAGAGUGGCUCAGACUGACCCUGGGAUGGCCUGGAUUCACACACUGCUGCUGGCCACCAUCCAGCACACACACUAGGCUGCUAACACAGAUGAGCUCCCAUGUGUUCAUUCAGCCAUGCUCCCUGGUUAUGGAUUCUCACCUUUUCCUGAUUUCCAACCCCACCGUCACACAUUUCACUUCCGAGGAGAGAGCCCCAGCAUGUGGAUCCCUGCCUCAGGAGAGUCCCAGGCUCUGAGCGAGGCCCAGGAGGACAGGCCUCUCCUCCAUCCCUGCCACCACAAGCAUGUUGCCGUGUGCCAGCAGGAGACGCUGGCUUUUAUUGAGAUACAACCAACAGUGACGCCUAAAAUAAACGGACUCGGCUCCCCGAGGCAAACUGUUAUUCCAGACUCACAAUGCACAACACAAUCACAGCCCCUGAAUGGAUUAAAACACACACUAAAUGAACUGAACGACAUGCAGAGGAGCUGCCAUAGGACACGCAAUGAGCAUGAAACGACUUUGAACUCUGACACACCUGUGGGAGACAGCGAUCUUAAAUGCCAUAAUGGUAUCAGGACUUCUUUGAAGGAGCAAACUGAAAAGCCACGCUGUGUCACAACAAUAUGUCGACCCCUCCACUCAGCUCUUAGCCUCCCUCUGUCGCUCCCUCUGUCCUCUUUAUACACAAACAGAGACUCCUGGGAAUCUCAGGCACCUUGCUCCCCAUCCUCACCUGAAGGUCCAGGUUUUCAGGGCCCGGACUCCUGCCAGCCACAGAGGAGGACGUCCCAGGGUUCACUGAAAGAGAAGUCUAUCCGACGAAAGAUGCAGGUUUAUUCUCCAGACAGCCUGAGCGAUGACUCUCUCAGCAGCCCAAUCUUGGAUCCGGACUUCAUCUUCCCAGGACCCUUUGCAUCUUUCCUGGAGGAGGACCUCAGUGGACUAUCUUCACUGGAGGCCAUGUCAAGUGCAUCCUCCACAGACGGUGUCACUGAUCUUUCAAACCUCAGUCAUGAUGACAUUUUUAACCUCCCUGAAGAACCACUGCAGAUUAUAGAGGACUCACUUCCAUGUCUAGGGGAAGACAGCAGGACUGUAGAGACAUUUAGCGCCACAGGGGGGAGCUUUAUGACACGCAGUCGCUUCGGCGAUCAGGAACGGCGGCGCUUCUCAGCUUCAGAACUCAUAUCCAGACUGCAGCUGUCUCAAAGGAAGAACUCCUUCACCUUAAAGCUGGGGAAGUCGCUCUCUGCUCGGGUAGCCUCCCGGGACAGACAGAGCUCCAACAACUUCAGCCCCAACCUGGACUGUAAGUCCAACACCAAGCACCGCUGCUCAGGAGGUUCUACUGAUAGCGCCCCCCAAAGUCCUGUAGGACCUGCACCUUCUCUGCCACCCAGCAGUGAUAAUGGCAUGCCUUUACAUCGGUGGAGCACAAAACUCGGAAUGAGAAAGAAAUCCAUAGAGGAGGACUCGGGCACACUUCCAACUGUUGCUAAUUCAAAUCGCUUAUCAAGGUUUUUGCCAAGCUCCAUUCUGUACCAGGAAUACAGUGAUGUUGCCAUCAACAGAGAGAUCCAGAGACAGCAGGGGAAAGAGCCGGGGACAGAGGAGGAGGGGCUCAGGGACGAGGGGUCAGACGGGACCCCAUCUCCUUCUAAUCUGUCUCCAUCCAGCUCUUUUCGCUCAUCACGAGGCUCUGCCUUUGCACUGUGGCAAGACAUCCCAGACGUUCGAUCCAGCGGACAGCUCGACAACUUCAGCAAUGAGGAAAGAAAGUUGCAGGAGGUGAAUGAGAUGGAUGAGAUUUUUUUAUUUACACAGGCAAAGUUUGAGCUGGUGACGUCGGAGGCCUCGUACAUCCGCAGUCUGACCAUCGCUGUGGACCACUUCAUGUUGUCGCAGGAGCUCACAGAGUGUCUCGGAGCUCAGCAUAAGCAGUGGCUCUUCUCCAAGCUGCCUGAAGUCAAAGAUGUCAGUGAGAGUAGGUUUCUUCAGGACCUGGAGCGACGGCUGGAAGAAGACAUUCUGCGUUUUGAUGUGUGCGACAUCGUCCUGGAUCACUGCCCGGCUCUGCGAAGAGUUUAUUUACCUUAUGUAACCAACCAGGCUUAUCAGGAGCAGACAUAUCAGCGUUUACUACACGAGAACCCUCGUUUCCCCGGCAUCCUGGCUCGUUUGGAGGAGGACCCCGUCUGCCAAAGACUUCCUCUGACCUCUUUUCUAAUCCUCCCGUUUCAGAGGAUCACACGGCUUAAAAUGCUGGUAGAGAAUAUCUUAAAGAGGACAACUCCCGGCUCCCGAGAUGAGGACACUGCCACUAAAGCUUUCAAUGAGCUGAAAAAGCUCAUCAAAGAAUGUAACUCCAGUGUGCAGUCCAUGAAGAGGAUGGAGGAGCUCAUUCACCUCAAUAAGAAAAUUAAUUUUGAGGGAAAGAUCUUUCCUCUGAUCUCUCAGUCCCGCUGGCUGGUGAAACACGGUGAGCUCCUGGAGGUGGACACUCAGAUGAUGAGCAUUUCUGGAUCAAAGCUGAAGUUACCCACCAAACCUGUGUACCUCCACCUGUUCAAUGACUGUCUCCUGCUGUCACGGAGGAAGGACACAUGGAAGUUCAUGGUGUUUGUGCACGCCAAGAUCGGAGAGUUGAAAGUGAAGGAUCUCAGUCAGAAGCUGCAGGGAAUCUCAGGCUUCAUCUUCCAUUUGCAGCUGUGUGAAGGCCAGCAGCUCAAACACCAGAUCCUGCUCAAGUCACACACUGAGAGCGGCAAGCAGAGAUGGAUCACAGCCAUGUUUCCAUCUAAUCCCCUGCAAGACAUCGAGCAGGCCAGCGAGAAUGAUGAUAUCUCUCAGGUUCAGUGCAUCAAGAGCUACCAGGCCCAAGAGCAUGAUGAGUUAACGCUGGAGAAGGCAGACAUUCUUCAUGCUAAGACCAUUACAAGUGACGGCUGGGUAGAAGGCAUCAGGCUGUCUGACGGGGAGCGGGGCUGGUUCCCCAAAACCUACGUGGAGGAAAUCACGAGUCGCAGCGCGCGCCUCCGCAACCUCAGAGAAAAUAUACGCAUAAAAUGUGUCACACGGAAACUGGUGGGAGAAGUGUGACCAUUUUUACUGCCACUUUUUGUACGUCAAAGGUGCAUUUCUGUUACUAAGUCGCUGUUUUUAAGCUUCUGGAUGGUUUUAUUAUUUUAGAUGGACGGGGGACCUACUGUAUGUUUAGUAUGCAGCUGCUAAAAGAAGCCGGCGUUUUGGUUCGAGCAUGGACGCUAAACUGUGUAGCAGCAUUUUCUUUAAGCAUGCUAGCUGUAAAGCUUUGAAUGCUUCUUUUUAUUUUCAGUGUGAAAGACUCUUAUGUGAUAAGAUUCUGCUGACAAACGCUCACAUUGGGACAUUUCUCACACUUCUGCCAAACAAAAUGUCCAACCUUUCAGAAGAUUUUGUGCAGCUGCCACUUUUUCCACAUACCUAUUGUAGAUAGAAAAGAUUUUUGAUCCUAAUGGAAAUUAAAACAAAGCUAAUAUAAUAGAUAAAGGAGCAAUAACUUCAUGUGUUCUUUCUGUGAAUGCAUGUCAUUAUCAUGACCAUGUUUUCAGUGGUCAGUGGGUUAUACACACGUCUACCAGCACAUCGUUUGUCCAAAGGUAAAUUUGUAAACUCCACAGUUCAUGCCAGAGGAGCAGUACAGUAACGCUAACUCAAAGUGUGCCACUUUAUUUUCCUCUGCAGUGCUUCAUGCCAGCAGGACUGUCGAACUGCACACAGCAGAUUCAUUCAUGUCGUAUCUCAACAUCAGGAAGAAGCUGCAGGCAGAUCCUGCUGCUGAGCUACAUCAAAGGCCUGUUGUCCUUCCUGUUUUUUUUAACAAUGAGAGAGAGAACAAUUUCAGGUAACAAAAGGGAGAAAAAAAUGUCUAUAUGCCACUAAUUUAACAAGUGGAUGUGCUUUUUUGUGGGUUUCAGUCCAUACAGUAUCCUCUAAAAGAUACUGUUCACUUACUUGUUUCAAUCUGGACUGUUUGAACCCGGCUGAUUAGCGUGACGAGGAAACUGCGGAAUAUUUUCUUUCCAAAUUUAUAAAUAUCACAUUCUCUUGAUACAUGAAGGACAGAUGAUGUAGUUUCUGUACAAGACGGCAAAUCAAUCCCAUUUGAGAUUAGGCUAACUAUCUGGGCUCGCCAGACUCAAAAUAACAAUGAACUUACACUUCAUUAGCCAUGAAGCUAAAACCUUGUGUUUUCCCCUCUGCCAUAUUACUGCAAGGACUUUGUUUUGAUUUAAUCUCACCAACAGUGCCAAAAUUAACUUUUAUAGCAAGUUUGUAUUCAUCUCCAACUGAAGAAAUGGUCCUCAACAAAUGCACUGUUUACAUACGUUUGAGUAAUGUUUGCUUCAACUACAACCAAGAUGUGAUGGGGUCUAAGUCGCAAUUUAACAACCAAUUUGUGAGCGAUUUUUUUAAUAUUGUGCCAUGAAUGAAGUGGGCUAAGGGUUGAGUACCAAAGACAGUGUAGAGAGGGGAGGAUAAGUAUUUGGACAAUGGGAAAAUAUCCAGUGGUUCCAAACCUUUUUUAGCUUGUGACCCCACUUCACCAAACUCUGUGGAUCCAGACAUCCAAACCCCAUCCAGCUUUCUGCUCAAAUGAUUCAAAUUUCAAUCAUGUGAUAGUUUAUUUUCUACUGGUUUGCAAGUAAACGUUCAUUUAAGAUCACAUUAAGGCUUUUUCAGGUAUUUUUUUGCAGUCAGGGCAGAAAGGCCGGGUUGAGAAUUGUGCAAAAAGGGAUUUUAUUUGCUCACUGUACGAUGUGUACAGCGAGGUGAGCUCGUAUUACAAGGCUGGAAAUGAAUGCUGGACGCAUGACGCAUGGGUCAUGAGAGACAGACAGAGAUACUGCAUGUUUUUAAAGUAGGCAGAAUGAUCCUAUAUUUUAUUUUGAUCAAUAAUUAGACAUUUCAGGGGACCCAAUUUGAAUUCCGUGUGACCCCAUUUGGGGUCAGGACUCCAAGGUUGGGAAAGCCUGCUUUAAUCAAUCCCCAAAGUUACUGGACGUUACAUAUCUGUUAAAAGACCAACAGCACUAUAAGUUCUGCAGAAUCAAAUUUUUCAUAUAUGACAUUUUGACUCAACAUCUGUUGACAAUAUAACAAAGUCUGUAUGUCAACCAUGUCCCUCCAAAAGAACAGAAAAUAGAUUUGACAAAUUCACCUUUGGACAUCUCUGCUUUGACCGUCUGUGAGGUAUGUGUGCAAGUUUAGCUCCACAUUUACUAACAUUUAAAAUUGACAAGCCCCAGAGCUGGACAUUAUGAGAUGAUAGCACUAAAUGAUAUAAAGACCUACAUCAUCCACAUUAUUCCCUGAUUAAGUGUAAAACAUUCUCAAACAACUCAAAGCUCAGUGUGACUGAGCAGAGACCGGUCUUUAAUGAACCACUAUAAUCCCCAUUCAGACGUAAACGUGAGGAGUUUCACACUCUUCUGAUUUCUCUUUCUGUGUUGUUAGUUGUAAUUGGUUGCUGUCGCAGCGUGUAUAUUUAUACUCCUCUAGCUGGUUGUUCUUUAAGGAGAUUCUCGUGUAAAUGAUCUUUACUGUAGAUGGCCUCGUGUAUAAAGAGUAGAGAAUGGUUUCUGUAAUUUAUAUGAACAAAGAUCGGACGAUUAUUAUCACAGUCUUUAACUUUUUAGUUGAUUCUUUUCUAAUACGGCAAUAAAUAUAAAACCUGUUUUACACUGGAUGUUUACUGGAUCUGUGCACACUACUGUAAAUGAUUAACCAUUGAAAUAAAUACUUACAUUUUA